AUGCCUAGAUUCUCGGUCGCGUUUGGAAGGCGGAAGUCGACCGCUGACAACGCUGACAAUGCUCCGGCAGAGCCGUCCUUUCGUGUUCUGGAGCGUCCCGAUGCUGGCGGGAACAAAUUCCAUGAGGCUGGCAAAUCUUUCGAUGGGGCCAUGAGGUUGGGAGGCAAGGCCCCUUCUAGGCCCAAAACGAGUGGCAGCGAUAUACAUCACGACAAUUUGUUCGCCGGCAUCAACAGGGGAAGCGCAUCCUCGAGCACCACCAAGGCCACGUCGACUGACAACUCCUCGCGCCAUAGCAACUCUUCCACUGCACCAUCAUCUGCUGAUUCUGGUGAUGUACCGGUGCCGCCUAUCCCCAAGUCUUCUUCGGCGGGACUCUUGAAGGCUGCCGGUCGAACGUUCUCUUUUGGGGGAGGAAAGAAGCCUCUGCCCGUUUCACCGGCUGAACAAGAGCCAGUCCCGCCGCUGAAUUCCGGAGCCCAGGAUUAUAAUCAAAUCUUGGCUCCUACUAGACCAAGGGCUACAACUACUUCGACCUCGACGACCGUAACACCACCCAGAGUGGAGGACGACCUUGGCAUGGAUUUGGGGGGUGACUUUGAGAAGAUGGUGCUUGGAAAUGAGAAGAGAGUUACAAUGGUGGGCAAGCAAAACAACCAGAACAGCCAAACUACACAACCCGGCUUGGGACCGAGAUCCUUGACUGGAAAUCGUCUCAGCCAGCCGUCGCCUAUUCAGGUUGACAGAACCGCAAAGGUGGAGCCUGCGCAACCGUCAUGGACCAGCCAGCGCUCCAACGACCAACUGCUCUCGCCAACUAGCCCUCCCCAUUCGCCCCGAAACAGGGAAAUGACCUCUCCUCCGUCUCGCCAUAUGUCGCAUUUGGCUCGCGAGGCUACUCGACCAAGCGCCUCCCCAGAAUCGAACCCAAGGAAGCCGCUGCUCGCGCACCAAAACUCGGACACGGAACAGGGCGAGGGCGAAGAUGAGGAGGCAAGGCUUUUGAUGGAUUCGUUAUCCACUGUGAGCAAGUAUAUGGAUGAAGGAGGUGCGCAAUCUAUAUCCGGCCCCUCUGCUGGUUCACGGUAUCGCAGGGGUGGAAACGGUCUGCCCUCUGGGUUCAAGGACACUGCUCUGGGUGAUGACGAUAGUCUUUUCGAUACCAACCACAGCUACGCAUACGAAACAACAGUGAGCCGUAACCGUGCCCAAGGCAUGCAGUCACAAGGGGCCAACAAGGUCAUGACCCCGGCCGAGUUUGAGAAGUAUCGAAAGGAUAAGGAACGUCAGGACAGGGAGCGGCAAAUGGACAUUGCAAGAAACCAGGACAAAAGCACGGCUGGCGAGGAAGACGAUGAGGACAACUACGAUGAUGAGGAGGAUGACCUGGAAAAGGCAAAACAGCAAGCAAAGCAGAGGAAGAAGCAGGAAGCCCAUAUGUCCGUUUACCGACAGCAAAUGAUGAAGGUUACUGGAGAGUCGGCGAACGCACCCAUGCCACGGCCUAACCUCCAAAUGUCUUUCAGCACUCCAAAUCUGCAGAUUUCUGCGACAGGACCAGCCACGUCAGAUAAUUCGGAUGAAGACGAGGAAGUUCCUCUGGCCAUUCUCGCCGCCCAUGGCUUUCCCAACAAGAACCGGCCUCCGACCCGUUUGAGCACCAUGAUGUCGAACCCCAACCUCCGCGCUGCGCAGGAACCUAGCUAUCAACGGCCGGGGUCUGCAGCUGGCGGAGCAGCGGCAGCGAUAGGCGGUCACCUCCCAGCUUUUGCCAGGAACCUACCUCAGGACCCCUUCCUCGGUGCCGGUCUCGUUCGCAACAAUCCGCGCGAGAACUUUGCCCUGGGAGGAGGUAGCCCUGCUCCCGUUUAUCCCAACCCGGCCGGCCCUCCUGGUGGCCUAAUUGGCGUCAUUGCAAGCGAAGAAAGAGCGAGGGCAAUGAGACGGGGCAGCCCUCAUAUUGAAGCUCAACGGCCCAAUUCUGGUGCUGCCACCUUCGAUCCUCUUGCCGGCAUGACUCCGCACAUGCUGUACCCCAAUAAGCCCAGCCUGACUCCCGGGGACCAAGCCCAAAUUCAGAUGACCCAGCAGAUGCAACAGUUCAUGCAGAUGCAGAUGCAAUUCAUGCAGAUGAUGGCGGGGCAAAACGGCACUGGAGCACCACGUCCAGAAGGGCAUAUGGCCACAGGUUCGAUUGGAAGCAUAGGCUCUGCGGCCGGCAUGUCUGGCGGGUUUGCUGGAUUGCCGCCAAUGCAUGGUGUUCCUGGUGGCCUGGGACUUGGCGGACCUGAUUUGCGGCAUUCCUUCAUGGGCAAUGAAUCGAUGCUAGAUCUGCCCCCCCCUCGAGGCGAUGCCCAGAAGCGCACCAUGAGCAUGGUCCAGCCCAGCUCGGCAUCCUGGAUCCAUCCGCAACAGCCUGCUGGUUUUGCUCCGUCAAUUCGAGUUACAGGAGGUUAUGCGCCGUCGAUCGCACCGUCGGAACGUAGUAACGUUGGGCUUCCUGGCCGAUACCGGCCCGUAUCACAAAUGGCACCCCCAGCUCUACCAGCAAUGUCGGCAACUGUGCAGCCGUUGGGCGCAAGUCAUAUGCGCAAGUCCUCGACCAUGUCGGGGUUCAACCAGCCUACUGUUACCGCAAAGCAGUCCGGCAGUGCUUCGGAUGACGACGACGACGAGCAAGGAUGGGAGGACAUGAAGGCCAAACGCGAGAAAAAGAGGUCCCUGUGGAAGAGGAAGAAGUCAGUGAGUGGCGAUGCCGGCACACUUAUCAUGUGA